AUGUCAUGGGACUCACUAGAGUCGCGCGACUUCCUUGGCGGGGUGCCGGCACAUCAGUUGUCGGCAACACGGCUCCUCAGCUCGCCUGACCCUUCCAGGCACCAGCUCGAAGAUCCACCAGUUCCAGAGGUAUUUCCGUUCUCAGAGGAGUACCAGGGUGAGAGGAACGGUGCGUUGCGAUGGGGCUCUCGGUUCGGGCCGGCUCACCGGCCGCCGCCCGCUGGCCUACUCGACUGCUUCCGAGGCUGCCGCUCCCGGCUAGAUCAGUAUCUAGCCAGAAGAAAAAUCGAGCGUGGCGUACGUCUGUACGGUCAGAACGAGCAGCGGCUGGCGGUGAAGGUGUGGCUGUCGGCGUUGCGCGGAGUACGACACCGCAGCGACAAGUUCGCGCUGCUUGGACACCUCUAUCAGGCGUACAUGGACUUUGGGAAGUACAGAGAGUCGUUAGAAUUUGCGCACCGCCAGCUCGGGAUAUCAGAAGAGCUGGACUCGGCACCGAUGCGCGCGGAGGCGUACCUCAAUCUGGCGCGAGCUCAUCAAACACUCGGAGGACUUGACAGGGCCUUGUCUUACGCCCGGCAUGCGCUGUACAAUGACUGUGGGGGAGGGUCCACAGCAGGCUGCGUGCAUCUCACGGUCGCAUCCGUCAGCCUCGAGCUGGGGGCUUUCAGCAAGGCCAUGGACGGUUUCCAGAAGGCCCUGGCCGUCGCUCAGUCGCAGAACGACAACACGCUAUUGCUACAGGUGUACGUGGGUCUAUCGGAGCUGUGGCGUCGGCUGCGUGACGCGGAGCGCGCGGUGGCGUGUGCAGCGCGCGCCUGCGACCUGGGCCGAGGUCCUCGCGCUGCUGACCUCAACACGAGGCACCACCGCGCCGCGCUGCUGCAGAUGGCCGCCGCGCUAAGAGCUCGCGGAGAGCUGGGCGACGCCCACGACUACUGCAAUGAAGCGCUCCGAUUAGCAGCGGUGGCCGGCGACCAAGGUUGCUACGCGAGGGCUGCAAGAAUAGCUGGUGACGUUUACCGCCGGAAAUGUGACAUCGGAAAAGCUCUCCGGCACUACGAGGUGGCGAUGGGCGCGGGACAGGCGCUGGGCGACCGGCUGGCGCAAAUGGAGGCGAUGGACGGCGCCGCGCGCUGCCUCGAGGCGCUGCGCCUACAGGGCCGCAUCUGCAACUGUCGCCCGCUCGAGUUCAACACGCGCCUGCUGGAAGUCGCCACCUCCGUCGGCUCUAAGAUGUUGGUGAGACGAGUCCGGUUGCGCUUAGCGGAGAUAUACACCGCGCUGGGCGACAACAACGCGGCGGCGAGGCAGAAACGUGCGGCGGCCGCGUGGGUGGCGCCGGCGUGCGCGCGUUGCCGCGAGCCGCUCGCGGACCGCCCCGAGCCCCUCGCCUCGCUACCCUGCGCCCACAUCGUACACCACGCUUGCAUGCCGGAGUCCUGGUCGCGGCGUUCGACACGCGGUGCGAGCGCGAGCGCGGCCGUGGAGUGCGCGGAGUGCGCCUCGCCGCGUGCGCCCCGCGCCCCGCCGCCUGCGCCACCCGCACCGCCCGCACCCCGCACGCUGCCACAUCAGGAUUUCCCAUUCGGUACUCCCCCUACCCUCCGCGAGUCAGAUCUUAAUUCCGUGCUGUCAGACCACAGCAGUCAGCAGGCUACGUCCAGCGUUUAA